AUGAGGACAUUGGAGCUACGGAGCAAGCUUUACAAGAAAGAGCUCACGUUGGAUCACUUGAUUGCUACCUAUAAAAAGCCUUUGAUAUGCCUCAUCGAUGGAGUCGUAAUGGGUGGUGGCGCUGGAAUCUCCAUGCAUGGGAGCUUUAGAGUUGUGACAGAGAAGACGGUAUUGGCAAUGCCUGAAGCCUCAAGACUUUUCCCGGAUGUGGGUGCUUCUUAUUUCCUGUCCAAGCUUCCCGGUUACUUUGGUGAAUAUUUAGGGCUAACAGGAGCACGAAUAGAUGGAGCAACAAUGCUUGCAUGUGGUCUUGCAACUCAUUUUGUCUUUUCAAAGGAUCUUCCUCCGUUAGAACAAGCUCUCUCUUUAGUGGAGUCCUCAAAUGCAUCAGAAAUUUUAUCUGUCAUCAGCAAAUAUACGCACAAAUCCAAUGUGAAAGAGGAAGAAUUCCACAAAAGAUUGAAGAGUAUAAACAAAUGUUUCUCAAGACAAACUGUGGAGGACAUAUUACAUUCUCUUGAAGAGAAGUUGUUAGACAACUUUACAGAGAAAUGGAUCGCGGAUGCAGUGAAAAAUAUGAAGUCUGCUAGUCCAACUAGCCUAAAGAUAUUUCUGAGAUCGAUAAGAGAAGGACGUGGUCAGACGAUUGAACAAUGUCUAGCUCGAGAGUACACCAUCUUUUGCAACAUCGUGCGAAGGAAGAUCACCAAUGACUUCUAUGAGGGUUCAAGGGCAAUUUUAUUCGAUAAAGACAAUAAACCCAAGUGGGAGCCGCCAAAGUUGGAGUUAGUCAGUGCAGAGACGGUGGAUAUGCUGUUCAAAGCAUUGGAAGAGGAUGAUGACGAUUGGCAUUGUCUGCAGCUCCCUGCACGGUCCUCCAAUUUGCUUGACCAUGCAAGAUCGAAGCUCUGAAUGAACCUAUAUGUAGUAUUUAAUAAAGAUGAAUGCAACCGGACUAUCUUGCAUCUAUCUUCAAUACGUUUCUUUCUGAACUAUCUCACUAGCAAUUUCUCAAAAGACUUGUAAGUUGACUAUUGCGGUGGUAAUUUAAAUAAUAUGUGCGUCAUGGUGAUAAAAA